AUGGUGAGAAACAAAAGUCCAACCAAUGAAGAUGACAAAAGUGGAGCAACAUCAAAAAAGAUUGCACGAGAAAGGGUUGAUUACAUUAGCCAAGUGCCGAGAGCAAUUCUGCAUCACAUACUCUUAUUUCUUCCUUUUGAGUACUGGAUAAUUUUGGGCAUGGUUUCAAAACAAUGGCAAGAUCUUUUGAGUGAAACUCCAGUUGUUAUUCUAGAUGAAAAUGAGAUUGUUUCGAAAAUGAAAAGACAAGUUCGCUGCGUAUUACAUGAAGACCAAUUUCGAAGUGAUGAGCUUGAUGAAUUCAAACGCAGAUUUGCAGAGUUUGUCAACCAUGUUUUAUUUAAUCACUCUAGUUGUCUCAUAAAAUAUGCACGAUUAUCGCUUCAAUAUGAACCUAGAAUAAUAUAUGCCUCAAAUGUUAAGAAUUGGGUUCACUUUUUUAUGACAAGAGACAUAGAGAUGCUCGAGUUGAGCUUCUCAUCAACACCAAACGUGUACUGUGAACUAGAAGGUUUGGAAGUGAGGCGCACAACGACAGCACAAACUUUUGAACUUCCUCAUCAGCCUUUUCAGCCCAAAUUUACAAGUUUCAUUUUGAACUUCUGCAAACUUAAAGCAUCUAGAUUUGGCUCUUUCAUGAACUUAAAAGCGCUAUACUUGACAGAUGUGGACAUUCUAGACUGUUCUAUUGGAAAAUUUGUUUCAAAAUGUCCAGUCCUCGAAGAUUUAUACUUGGAGAGGUGUUCUGUAACCGAUAAAUUCUUCGUUUGUAAGAAAGAUCUGAAAAUCAAACAUUUGAAUUUGCUCAAUUGUUUGACAGAAAAGUGGGACGUUUAUAUGAUUGACAUAUCUGUUCCUCAAUUGACGAACUUGUUGAUCAUAGGAAAAUACCUCAGUAGUUCAACCAUAAGAAAUACUACCAAUUUGGUAGACUGCUCAAUCGACAUCCACGGACGAUUUUCAGAUAUGGAACAGGGAAACUUUCUAACUUUGAUGAUGAUAAAUUUAAGAAAUUGCAAGACUCUAGCUUUAAGUAGCUGGUGUGUUCAGAUUCUUCCAACGUUAGAUAUUGAAUUAAGUCAACAACUACAUGGGUCAUUCACCAAAUUGACAAGCUUAAGGGUUGCUGUCGGUUAUGUGAAACAAGAACUACCUGGAAUAGUCAUGUUAUUGCAGAGUUGUCCUUGUCUUGAGAGCUUGAUGUUGGAGAUUAAUCAUAAGGCUAAAGACAUCUUUUUUUUGAGGUUGGUUAAUGACACGAUUGAGUCAUUUGAACCGGAAGCUUUUCUCUUCGAAGAGGAUAACUAUCUUGAGAAUCAGACUCAAGACAUCUUUUGUCUACAAAACAGACUCAAAGUUCUUAAAAUAUACGGGUUCAUGGGACGAAACAAGGAGAUACAUCUAAUAGAGUUUCUACUCAGAAAGGCACUAGUGUUGGAGAAUUUAGUCAUAUACCAUGAUUUGCCAGAUGAAUGUGAAACUCGAGAAUCACCCCCAAGUGUUCGUGAGUUGCACAAGCGACGCAUGUUGCAAGCACUGCUGGAUUUACCGAGGGCAUCUUCUGUUGUUCAAGUUUAUGAGGAAAAAAUUGAGUUUGGGGAUGAUUAG